GAUCAGAGUCGAUGCGGAGGAAGCGUUGACCGAAGUGAAGGGUAUAUGCCAGAGAGGAUUCUGCUUAGUAUUUACUUUAAAUAGCCGCCUAAUUAGACUCUCUAUUCCCCAUUCCAAACUAGCAGUAGGAGGCUCGGAGAGUCCUCUCUUUACAGACUAAAGCUGAGACUCCUUGGAAGAAUCCAGCCAUGGCAAGGCAACAACUGGAAGUGCUGAAUGCACUUGAUGUGGCCAAGACACAGCUCUACCAUUUCACGGCAAUAGUCAUCGCCGGCAUGGGCUUCUUCACCGAUGCCUACGAUCUCUUCAGCAUUUCUCUUGUCACCAAGCUAUUGGGACGCAUCUAUUACCACAAGCAAGGCUCUCUAAAGCCUGGAACCCUCCCUCCCGGCGUCGCAUCUUCAGUCACCGGUGUCGCCCUGGUUGGCACCUUGCUCGGCCAGCUCUUCUUUGGUUGGCUCGGCGAUAAAAUGGGCCGGAAGAAGGUCUAUGGCCUAACCCUUAUGCUCAUGGUGGGUUGCUCCCUUGCCUCGGGGCUUUCAUUUGGAAAGAGCGCAAAGGGCGUAAUGGCCACCCUUUGCUUCUUUAGGUUCUGGCUAGGGUUUGGCAUUGGCGGCGAUUAUCCUCUCUCCGCCACCAUUAUGUCGGAAUACGCAAACAAGAAGACUAGAGGCUCGUUCAUUGCCGCCGUCUUUGCAAUGCAAGGGUUUGGAAUCCUAACGAGUGGGAUUGUUGCUCUUAUAGUCUCCACUGCAUUUGACCACGCUUAUAGUGCACCGGCUUAUAGUGUUGAUCCGGUUGCCUCUACCGUGCCCCAAGCUGAUUACAUUUGGAGAAUUAUCCUGAUGUUUGGGGCCUUCCCGGCGGCGAUGACCUACUACUGGCGAAUGAAGAUGCCGGAAACUGCCCGUUACACGGCACUUGUCGCCAAGAAUGCCAAGCAAGCGGCUCAGGACAUGGCCAGGGUGUUGAAUGUGGAAUUAGACCCAGAAGAAGCGAAGCUUCAGAAGCUCACUCAAGAACCCGCAAACAACUUUGGAUUGUUCUCAAAAGAAUUUCUUCGUCGCCACGGAAUCCACUUGCUCGGAACCACCACUACUUGGUUCUUACUGGACAUCGCCUUCUAUAGCCAAAACCUAUUCCAGAAAGAUAUCUUCACUGCAAUUGGGUGGAUCCCCAGUGCUGCCUCCAUGAAUGCCGUUCAUGAGGUUUACAGGGUUGCCAGGGCGCAAACCCUAAUUGCCCUAUGCAGCACUGUUCCAGGCUACUGGUUCACAGUGGCCUUCAUUGAUAUUAUUGGAAGGUUCGCCAUUCAAUUGAUGGGUUUCAUCUUCAUGAGCAUUUUCAUGUUCGCCCUCGCCAUCCCUUACCACCACUGGACCCUGAAAGACAACAGAAUCGGAUUCAUAAUAAUGUACUCCCUCACCUUCUUCUUCGCAAACUUUGGGCCCAACGCCACCACAUUCGUCGUGCCGGCGGAGAUUUUCCCGGCGAGGCUGAGAUCAACCUGCCACGGGAUAUCAGCCGCGGCUGGAAAGGCCGGCGCCAUUGUCGGAGCUUACGGAUUUUUGUACGCUUCACAAUCCACGGAUAAAUCGAAGACUGAUGCCGGCUACCCCCCUGGCAUUGGCGUGAAGAAUUCACUGAUCGUGCUAGGCUGCGUCAACUUGUUGGGCAUUGUCUUCACUUUCUGUGUGCCGGAGGCGAAGGGCAAAUCGCUUGAGGAGAUGUCCGGCGAGAACGAGGAAGAACUUACUCAGAUAUCGACGUCUGACCCGCAGGUUGCUUAUAACAGGACUGCUCCGGUUUAAUUAGUCUUGGAUAUUCUGUCUGCUUCCAUAACAAUCAUAUAUAUAUAUAUAUGAACACGUUGCGUUUGUUUAAUGUUUCUCUGUAUGUGACACAUAAUGUUACGUUCUUCAGUGCUUACAUUUAUUUGAGCUUUCCUAGAUAGCUAA